AUGGUUCCUAAGAUGCUCUCGAUGGGGAAGCGGAACCGGGUGACCCAUUCCACCCACAUGAACGAGCGCAGCUCCCGCUCACACACUCUGCUCACGGUCACCAGCACCAGCACCGACCUGGCAGGCGGCACCAAAGUCACAGGGAAGCUGAAUCUGGUGGACCUGGCUGGCUCGGAGCGGGUGUGGAAGUCCGGAGCCCAGGGGGAGCAGCUGAAGGAAGCCCAGAACAUCAACAAGUCCCUGCUGGCCUUGAGGGAGGUGAUCCAGGCGCUGCGGGCCAAGCAGGCCCACGUGCCCUUCCGCAACUCCAAGCUCACCUACCUGCUGCAGGACUCGCUGGGCAAAGGAAGCAAGACCAUCAUGAUGGUGCAGAUUUCCCCGCUGGAGGAGAACAUGGGGGAAUCGGUCUGCUCGCUCAAGUUCGCCCAGCGCGUCUGCAAAGUGGAGCUGGGCCCGGCCGCUCGCCGCAUCGACUCCUCCGCGCAGCACGAGGCUUGAGCCG